CAAGCUAAAUAUUAAACAUUUUUUUUCUCAAUUGAAGUCCAGCCUGGGGAGAAGAAACAGUUAAAGAAAUGUCUCAAUUAUACUUGCAAUCAGCUAAUCAGACUUUGUGUGCAUCUGUGGAUGGUACAGAACUGAAAUCAAGCUCUGAUAAUGAAACCACAAAUGAAAAAUGGACUGAAGACUCCUUUCCAGGAUUAGAAAUAUUGUGCACAAUUUAUGUUACAUAUGCUGUGAUCAUUUCAGUGGGGCUCCUUGGAAAUGCAAUACUCAUCAAAGUUUUUUUCAAGAUUAAAUCAAUGCAGACGGUUCCCAACAUCUUCAUCACCAGCCUGGCAUUCGGAGACCUGCUGCUUUUGUUAACGUGUGUGCCUAUAGAUGCAACGCGCUACACUGUGGAUACCUGGCUCUUCGGAAGAAUUGGGUGCAAGCUGCUGUCUUUUAUCCAGUUAACAUCAGUUGGAGUAUCAGUGUUUACCCUGACUGUUCUCAGCGCUGACAGGUACAGAGCCAUCGUUAAACCCUUGGAACUGCAAACUUCAGAUGCGCUCCUGAAGACCUGCUGUAAAGCAGGCUGUGUUUGGAUUGUCUCCAUGAUAUUUUCUAUCCCAGAGGCUGUUUUUUCAGAUUUGUAUUCUUUCAGCAAUCCUGAGAAAAAUGUAACUUUUGAGGCGUGUGCCCCCUAUCCUGUAUCUGAGAAGAUUCUGCAGGAAGCUCACUCCCUGGUUUGCUUCUUAGUGUUCUAUAUUGUGCCCUUAGCUGUCAUUUCUGUCUACUACUUUCUUAUCGCCAGAACUUUAUAUAAAAGUACAUCCAACAUGCCAGCAGAAGAACACUCUCAUACCCAUAAGCAGAUUGAAUCCCGCAAGAGAGUUGCAAAGACAGUGCUGGUGCUUGUGGCUCUGUUUGCCUUCUGCUGGCUGCCCAACCACAUCCUCUACCUGUACCGCUCUUUCACAUACCACACUUCUGUCAAUGCUUCCACCUUUCAUCUGAUAGCAACUAUUUUUUCCCGCACCUUGGCCUUCAGUAAUUCCUGCGUCAAUCCUUUUGCUCUUUAUUGGAUGAGUAAAAGUUUCCGCCAACAUUUUAAAAAGCAAGUCUCAUGCUGCAAGGCAGCAUUCUGUGCAAAGCCUUCCAGUGCUCCCCAGAGCAGUUCUCCUACCAGAGCCCUGUCAGUCACAGGCAGCAUGCAUGGCUCAGAAAUCAGUGUUACACUGCUAACAGAUUAUAGCAUCACGAAAGAAGAGGAAAGUGUUUAGUCCGUGUGGGAAGAAGAAGGACAGAAACGGAGUCAUUGCUAUCAAGUCACUGCUACUGGUAUCCUGGAAAGAGGUGCCAUGGCUUGCCCUGUCUGUGAAAGUGUGUUCAUCAGUGAGUUCCUCAUUUUUCAAAAUAUAUAAUAAAAAAAUCAAAUUGUGUGGGGGAAGAAGCAGCAACAGCUGAACUUUCCAGCAUAAGCUCAAAGGGAUUACUCAUGUUCCCAGGCAUGAGCACUGAUUCCUAGCUGGAAUUCCUGGACUGGGCAGGAGAGGACUUAGCAGACUUGGUGCAAGAAAUGGCUGUAAGGAUAGUUUUGUUCUUGGUGACCUGCUCUUUGAGUCAUGACUGAGAGCUCCCUCUGACAACUCCUUGCAUCCACAGCAAGCAAGCAAAGCCACUUGGUCAUAACACGAUCAACCAGGCACAUUUUUGAUUUAUUUAUUUUCUUGUCCUGAAUGUUAAAAAUGGGUAAAUACAUGAAAAAUAAUGCUAAAAUGAAAGGCUAAGGUUUGUAGCACUGUGAAAUAAAAAAAGAAAAAGCAUUAUGGGCCAGAUCCAUAGUAGCUGUUGCUCUGUCAGUGACUUAGAAAUUCUGGGUAAGAGCUGACUGCCUUGUAGUGAGAUGGAUGUUCCUAAGGAAGUCAAGGGAAUGAGCAGGUGAUCAUUUCUCUGAGAAAGGUAUAAUCACCUUUAAUCACACUUGUAAAAUUCUUUGUGAUAUAUGGGUAAAACAUCUCAAUAGUGCAGAGUUUUUUAUUGUUACAGUGACUUAAUAACAAUAAAUUGGGGUGGAUCUGUAUCAAGAGUUCUAUUUGGGAUUUAUGAUGCACUUUUGAAGUGCUCAAACAUCCAUUCCUGCCUUACUUUAUAUCCCAAAGUGGUCUUGAGUGCACAGCCUGGAUUUCUCUAAGAUGGAACUGUGUGUCCAAUCCACCAAACCAGGCUAGAGUGAGUUUGAAGUGAAAAAUGUACAGUGUGGAGAGUCAGACUGACCCCUUUACCUGCACAGAUCCACUCCUGCUGUAGUGUAUGUGGUUGUAUCUAAGUGGCCUACAGAUACUCAAGCACACUGGGAGAGCUGUAUUUUUUCUACUAUACUAAUUUUCUAUUCUUCAAGUUGCAUCCCUUUUUAACAUUAGGAUAGGCUGUCUUAAUGCCAUAGGCCUUCUAAUCUCAAAUCCACUGAUUUUAUGACUGGGUUUGCAGAAGCAAACCAGGACAGCAUGUCCAUGCUCAGCAGCACUGCUGACAGGGACUGCCUUCCCAUCAGGAAGUACUGGAGACUAGUCUUCCUACCUCAUGUUACAAAAUAUUUGAGUGACACUUAUUUUUAUGAAUGUUAUGUUCCCUGAACUAGAAUUUUGUCUGUGGAAGCUGGUAAUAGAAAACAAAUAGAUUUUCUAUUGUUUAAACUAAGGGACUUUUAUUCCAAGAAAGAAUUUGUGCGUUAAAAUAUAGAACAGAAGUUGCAACAUAUGAACUAAAAUAAUUCUGUCAGUCACAGAAGCUUCAAUUUUAACUAACCCUUGAAGGUAUAGCCCCCCUUCAACUGCACAGAGCCCCUUAGCAACAUAUGGCUAGAAAUCCAUCCACUCAUGUGUCAUUAACUAAGUUGAUUAUAAGAUGAGAAAAUGUAUUUACAGACUCUUUCUGUUGCCUGCUCUAAUCAGAAAAAUAAAGCCAAACUAUAAAUCCCAGGGGCAUUGCAAAACAACCUCUGUCAUCAUCGUAAACCAGUUAAUGACGGACCAGUUUAAUCCCAUCAGACCUGGCCUUGUUUUACUAUGGUCCUCAUGUUACAAGCUGCAAGGCUACAAGCACUAGUUUUCCAAUAGAUUCCUCCUUUUAUUGUACCAGUUGCACACCAGGAUAGGAUCACUGAAAGAAAUGGAAAUACAAUAGUAUA